AUGGAUGUCCAGGUUUUACUGUUUUCUCUAUCGAAUGAAAGAAAAAGUUUUGUUGAUAUCGACAUAAAUGUCAUUGGAACUGUCGAUGCUGAGAGUGAAGAGGAUGAUAUUGAGGUUGGCAAUAAUGAAGAGGAUGGCUCUAACGAUGAGGAUGAGUAUUUAGGGAAGUAUGCUCCUCCUCAAGGUAAAGUUUAUUUGUCUCAUGAAUGGAAGACAUAUAUAAGAUCAGUUGGGCAAAAAUUCGAGGGUGGUGUUACAGAAUUUAGGGACAAACUCUGCAAGUAUGCUAUUGAAAAAGGUUUUAGAUUUGCAUAUAUCAAGAAUGACAAGGAGCGUGUUACAGCGGAAUGUUUCAUGAAGCAUGCAGAAGGUUGUAGCUGGCGUAUUCAUGCCAUAUUGAAUCGCGCCAAUGGAUUCUUCUACAUUAAAGAUUUGAAUAAUGAGCAUAGUUGUCGAGCGCGAAUUCGACUCCGGAAAAGUGUUUUGAUGGGUUCAAAGAUUGUGUCGUCAGUUGUAGCAGACCAAAUUCGAAGCAAACCACUUAUGAAGCCUAUUGAAAUCGUAAAAGAUUUCAAGCACAACUAUGGAUUGGAUAUAUCUUAUUAUAAUGCAUGGAAAGGUAAAGAGUUGGCAAAAAUUCAAGUUCACGGCGAUGAGGAAUCGUCGUAUACUCAGUUGCUAUGGUAUGUUGAUGCAUUGAUGAAGACAAACAAGGGUUCUCACUGUGUCCUUGAGUGCGACGAAAUUUCGUCACGUUUCAAGCGACUCUUCAUAUCAUACCAUGCCUCCAUAGAAGGUAUAUAUCCCCUGGCUUUUGCUAUAGUUGACUCUGAAGAUGAAAACAAUUGGACUUGGUUCUUAGAAAAUAUUUACCAGAUUUUGCGGCCACAAGGUCGCAAAAUCACCUUCAUAUCCGACCGCAAUAAAGGCCUUCUUGAAGCUGUUCAAAAAGUUUUCCCAGAUUCAGACCAUGCUUUUUGUUUGUUUCAUUUGAAACAAAACGUUCUGAAAAGAUACCCAUCUAGAAUGGGAAAAAGCUAUCGUAACUGGAUUGUAAAGUGCUUUAAGAGGUGUGCUUAUGGUGGAGGAAUCAUGCAGAAAUUUCUAGAAGACACUCCAAAGGAACAUUGGUCUAAUGCCUUUUUCCCAGGAAACAAAUAUGGAGAAAUGUGCUCAAACUUGGCGGAGUCUUUCAACGCAUGGGUAAAAGUUGAGCGUGAGCUGCCUUCUCCACAAUUGGUUAAUAGAUUGCGGGUGAAGCUAAUGGUUUCCUAUGCUGCAAGGCGUCGUGCAGCGACCAAAUGGUCAACAAUACUAUGCCCCAAAAUGGAGAAGCUGUUGAACAAGCUCUAUGAAGUAGGUAGACACUGGGAUGUGAGCCGAUCGACGGAUUUUAUAUUUGAAGUUCAUGAUACUUAUUCCUUCCUUGUUGAUCUGGAAACCCGCACAUGCUCUUGUCAUCAAUGGCAAAUCAAAGGGUUUCCUUGUGCACAUGCUAUUGCAGCCACCGUUGCGGAUGAAGGUGAUCCCUAUACAUAUGUGGAACCUUAUUUCACUGUGGAUUUCUACAAAAACUGCUAUAGCAACCCCAUUGUCCCUGUGUCUGAUAUUGAGAAAAAAACACCAGAUGAAUAUGGUAACCUUGUGGUUAAGCCUCCUUUGACAAGGAAACCCCCUGGUAGACCACGUAAAAGAAGGAUCCCGUCUGCAGGUGAGGAAGUGAGAUCGAUCAAAUGUGGCAGGUGUGGUGUCAUUGGACGACAUAAUCGGAAAACUUGCACAUCUGCAAUAUAA